AUGACGGCAGAAUCAAGAGUCUAUACUCACAAAUUGCUAAUCCUUGCGAGCUUCGUGCUCUCCCUAUAUGGAACUCUGUUUCUAUUUCUGUUCAGCCACUAUGGUAGCCAUUAUAGAACACCGUUUACCGGGUUCUUCCUGAUCACCGAUAUUUACUGGCUGAUCACCAUAUUGCUCCAAGUGUUCUUUAUCAUUAAGGUCUUCUUCGACAAGACUGUGUCCACUGAAAACAAGGCCGCUGUUAGUGAAAUUAUUGGUCCUCAUUUCGCUAUCAACAACGCGUUGCAAUUUCUGUGGUGCUACUUCUUCAACAAGGAGAAGUUUGCUUUGGCAGAAUUGGUGCUAAUCAUCAACCUGCUCAACUUGUUGGCGUUGUAUUUCACCCACCGUACCGUCUCCAUCAAAAAUGUGGGCGACUGGCUCACCAUCCACUUCCCAGUUACAGCCUUGCCUUUGUCAUGGACAAUGUACGCUAUUUUCUGGAACGGAGCAUGCUUGGUCCACUCUCACAACAAGUCGUUGAUUGCACGUAUUCUUGCAAACGUUUUCAUCUGGGAGUUCCUGCUGGUUCCUCUGGCAAUCUUGGUUCUGUACCACGAUUGGUCGAUUGGUCUUAGUACCAGUUUGUUGAUGUUGGGACUCGGAUUCGGUCAGCUGUUCACCAAGGUGGUCGCUUUCCAAUGGGUGUUUGCAUUCAUCAUUGCUGCGGUCGACUUUAUCAUCUCUGUGGUCAUUAUGUUUGGAUCCGGUUUGAACACUGUCAAUGGAGAGGAACAAGCCCCUCUUCUUAGCUAA